AUGACUACUAAGAUGAAGAAGGGUGUUUCUGUGCGUGAAUAUGUCUUGAGCAUGAAUAACAUGAUGCAUGAAGUAGAAAUACGUGGGGUCGUCAUUGAUGAGCGUACACAACUGUUGAAUGAACUUCAAACAUUUGAGUCUUUUAACAAAACCAUAACCAAAGAGACUGGGGCAAAUAUGAUAGGGGAGAAACCUUCAACCUUUGAGGAUAAAACCAAGAAGAGGAAGAAGAACAAUGAUAAGGACAAAGAUUUGAUAAUAAGAAUAAUGGAAGAUGAAGAUGCAUCUGCUAAAACUAAUGGAGGAGAUGACAUUAAAGAUUAUAAGCUUUUCUCACCCCAAGCUUCUCCUCCCCGUCCAAGUUUUCCUCGAUCAGUUACCAGAAGUUUAUCAUCAGCAAAUGAUAGUUAUUUCAAAGGAACCAGUACUGGGAAUAGUCAACUUCAAAAGCCAAAGCCAAAGCCAAAGCCAAAGCCAAUGCCAUUAUUAUUAAUGGCCCAUCUUCAAAGUCAAUCAGACACCUCCAACACAAGUAGUCCAAGUGCUACAAAUAAUCCUCCUAGCAUUCAACUUGGGGUGCCUGAGGACUCCACACAGAGCAGGGAAAGUAGUACUAGUUCUAAUUUGGCUACGGUUGAAUGUGAGGCACCACCACUAACUACUAAGGCUGCUAGUAGUUCCAAGAGCGCCUCAGAUGCUCCUUCUAGCCUCAAUUUGGCUACAGUUGAAAGUGAGGCACCACCAUCAACUGCUGAGACUACAGAUGCUGCUACGGUUGAAAGUGAGGCACCACCGCCAACUGCUGAGACUACAGAUGCUCCUUCUAGCCUCAAUUUGGCCACGGUUGAAAGUGAGUCACCACCACCACCACCACCACCACCACCAACUACUAUGACUACAGAAGCUCAUCAUUCUCGUCGUGCCAGAAGCUCUUCAAAUAAGCUUCGUAGUCUUCAAGAGUUUGCUGAUCUUACUAGCAUUUUUCUUGAAUGGGAGCCUAACAAGAGCAGGCAAAGUAGUAGCACUAGUUUACCAUCAGAAACACCUGAUGUCCAGCUUGACGAUAACACUGCAUUUCCACCAUUAAAAUAA